GGGAGAUGGCGGGCAAUUCCGAAGCGGUGCCGGUCUCCGGCUCGCAGGAUCAGGACGCCCGGACCCCCUCAGACUCCCAAGCCUCGGUGCCCGCCUCUCCCGCGGAGGACUUUCGAGUGCGCUGCACCUUGAAAAGGGCCGUGGCGGAAGUGAUGGAGCAAUGCGGUCGCUUCGUGCAGGAGCUCGGGGCCGCGCUGCCGGAGGACGUCCGAGACCUCGCGCUGCGGGACGCGCAGUGGACUUUUGAGUCCGCUGUGCAGGAGAAUGUCAGCAUCAAGGGACAAGCCUGGCAGGAAGCUACGGAUCACUAUCUUAUGGAUGCUGACAUCAAAGUGCUUGAAGAUGAAUUUGAUGAGCUCAUAGUAGAUGUGGCAACAAAACGUAGGCAGUACCCUAGAAGGAUCCUCGAGAGUGUCAUCAAGACCUUGAAAGCACAGCACGGGAGUCUGAAGCAGUAUCGGCCUGUUGUACAUCCCUUGGACCUGCGAUGUGACCCUGACCCAGCUUCUCAUGUGGAAAGUUUGAAAUGCCGAGGGGACGCCAUAGCUAAGAAAAUCAGUGACGCCAUGAAGGCUUUGCCUGCGUUAAUUGAACAAGGAGACGGCUUUUCCCAGGUCUUGAAGAUGCAGCCUGUCAUCCAGCUACAGAGGAUCAAUCAGGAAGUCUUUUCCAGCUGUUUCAGGAGAGCAGAUGCCAAGCCCGACAAGUCUGUAACACAAAUAGAAACCACGCCGACCGAGACUGCAGCCAGGAAAGCCUCGAACAUUGUGCUAAAGAGAAAGCACGCCCCGUCAGACUGCUCUCAGAGAAAGCACUACCCGCUGCGGCUAAAGAGAAUCAAUCUCGACGGAUAAGCUGUGGGUUGGGGAAUUGAAGUCAGUGCUCUCAGCGUUUGGGUCACAGUCUGCUGCGCGGGGGAUGUCACUUCAACUGCCUGUGACUCUCUGCAGGCACAGUGCUCCACUCUGCUUGUCCUGGGCUGUGGCGGGUUCUCUGCGCCCUUGAUCUCCUGCGCUAGGUAAAAGCCUUUUGAGAAUUGCACAGCCCUGCCCGUGUCCUCAGAUGCCAUCGGUCCUUGUAGCCUUGCAGCUGCUGAGGCCUCACAGGGGUGUGCGCCGAUGCCCUGGGGUGGCUCUGCUCGGCAGUGUGUGCACGGCUAGUUCAGUUCAUAGGCGAGCACGCUGAAGACGGGCCUGGCCUUGGCUCUGUUCCAUGGGCAGUUAAUUUACAGUUUUAGGGUUUUGUUUUGUGAGAGAAAGGAGAAGGCUAUUAUUUAUGCAGGGGAUAUUCUUAAAAAGCAAACCUGAGGCUGGAGCCUCUGUUUCUUGCCUACACUUUCAUGUCCGUAGGUUUUUUUUAAUAUAACUUGACUGGGAAGUGAUAGUUUUUUUUAAAGUCCUCAUUUCCAAAUAGAUUCUUCCAGUUCAAAACAUACAUUAGGGUUGUUUGUCAUGCCAUGUACAGCAGAUCUAGGCAGAGCGAGCUAACCCUGUUAAGGGCGUUGAUAUCUGACAUAGUGUCAGACUUAAAAGGGUCUCAGCAAACUUACACUCUGAGAUUUAGCCACAGCCUCUCAGAGCCUGCAUUGUGUCUCACAUGGUGCAUUGUAGAUAGGGCCUCUAGCUUACCACCUGUUUCCUUUUUGGCAAUUAUACACUUUUGUCCAUUUCCAGAGGAAUGUACUAAGGGCUUGGAAAUUCUGUAUUACUCUUGCUUGGUAUGUCCCCAUGAUCAUACACAUCUAGGUUUGUCUGGUUUUCUCAUUUGCAAAAGCCUUAUGGUGAGGCCAUUUAUGGAAUCUUUAGAUUCUGUUUUAAUGUUCCUACAGAGCAAUGUUUUUGUUUUGUGUUUUAAAAUAACAUAUAAAGACCAAAUUCCUGGCUCGUGCUCUCUCCAGCUAACAAAGCAUUCUUAGUGCCAGCCUGCGCUGGACAGCAGGUCGGCACUCCGCGUUCUUAGUGAACUGACCUUUGCCUGAGAAUCACUUGGCGACUUCAAGAGGUGGCUGCUGUUCUGUGAUUGAUCUCACUUCCCAAGCAGGCAAGGCCUGGCCACCAGACUGUGAGGCAAUGCGGUGGGUUUCCUGUUGGACGAGUGCUGUAGGACCCAAUGGAAGCAUGAGCUUGGAGGCGUCCCGCUGGGUGGUUCUCAGGAUCUGAGGCGGUGCCAAGAGGAGUUUUGAGUGAUUCACAAAUGUCUGGCAUGACUGUGACUUGACCUUGGAGAGGUGACUGGGGCCCCCGAGAACAACAGUUCUCAAUGGAGGGUUAUCUUCCAAAGGAGCAUUUGUCAAGGCCAAGGUGCUUCUGCCUACGGUAACUUAGGAUGUUUGAGUGUGUGUGUUGGGAGAGGGGAUACUGCUGUCAUCAGUGAGCUGACGCUGCACAUGCCCUGGAUGGCAGAUGCCCCAGACCAGUCAUCCUGACAAUACCGUGUGUGUGUGUGUGUGUGUGUGUGUGUCCAUCCAUCAGCCUGGGCUACCUGGCAAUACUGUUUGUGCCCCCGCCCAAUAGAUAAGACUAAUGUGACAAAGUCUUAGUUGUUGAGUCUAGAAUUUGCUUCUAAUGCUAGAAGGUUUUACAGUAAAGUUUGAAUU